AUGCCGCGAGAAGUCGAGCCCUCGCUGAACGAGCGCCAGUUCAUCAGAGAUGCUCUAUUCGAAAGCAUCCGCCUCGAUGGCCGCCAGCUCGACCAAUUCAGAAACCUAGAGCUCGAAUUCGGUGACGAUUAUGGUGUUGCAGACGUCCGUUUGGGCAAGACGAGAGUGGUUGCACGAGUAUCAGCCGAAGUAACGACACCCUUCCCGGAUCGUAAGUUUGACGGAGUCUUCACCAUCUCCACCGAGCUCUCACCUAUGGCCUCGCCUGCCUUCGAAGUUGGUCGCCCAAACGAUGCCGAAGUCGUUCUCUCACGUCUACUGGAAAAGUCAAUUCGUCGCUCUGGAGCUCUGGACACCGAGUCGCUGUGCAUCAUCGCCGGCGCAAAGUGCUUCGCAGUCCGCGCAGACAUUCACGUUCUGGAUCAUGAUGGUGGAUUGAUUGACGCCUGCUGUAUCGCCUUGGUCGCCGCACUACAACAUUUCCGCCGCCCUGAUGUCGAGGUACAUGGAGAGGAUGUCACUGUCUUCGAUACUCGCGAGCGCGAGCCCGUUAAGCUGGCCAUGCAACAUCAUCCUUUCUGUGUUUCAUUCUCCUUCUACCACGGCGGUGAGACAGUAGUUCUGGACGCAAACCUGGCAGAAGAGAGUGUUCGCGACGGCGAGAUGAUCGUCAGCAUGAACCGUCACGGUGAGGUUUGCCAGAUCGCAAAGUACGGAGGUGUGCCUGUGGACCCUUUGACUACCCUCAACUGCUCAAACGUCGCUCUGGAAAAGGUCAAAGUCUUGCAUCAAUUCGUGCAGACCAAGCUGGACCAGGAUGAGAAGAAGAGGGAUAAGGGCGGUCUCAUGGCCGAGCUGAACGCCGCAAACUCCAGAGAGCUGGCCAACAUCCCCGGUUGA